AUGGCGGGUCUAGGUAUUUUUACCAUCGACGAAAAUCAAGACGAGGACGUGACAUCCACUUGGGUUCAGUCCGUCGCCCAACGACUGGCACCCCUCCCCGACCCAAAUGCUCAGACGCCUCGGACAAGUCUGUUAGGCCCAUUCCCUCCAGAUUCACAGGCUGUCGGGGCUCAAAGGGAUCAGAUGGCCCCAUCAGCUCCGCUGCCCAUGUCGGCCAACCCAGGACCUCAGGGCUCGCAGGCCUCACAGGCCUCACAAGCUCCCCCAGCUCUGCUUCGAACUGCAUCGGUUCGGUCUUCCAGGGCUCCACGAGCUCCUCAGGCCAGCACGAGCUCGCGAGUUUCCAAGCCGUUUCAUGGUUCACAAGGGUUUCCCACAAAAAAUCGAAUGUACCGCAGGCUUCGCGGUCUCCAUCUAUCGUCCAAGGCUGUCCAACAUUUCCGGCACCAUCCUUUACCCCAGGUUGAUCAGAGUGCUCAGCAUGGCCCAGAAUCUCAACCCUCGCAAAUCAUGCAAUCGGAACAAGCUGAAACAGAUACCCAUGCUGAGCCGAGCGAUGGGACUCUUGCAGAUGCUCAUGGUGGCGAACGCUCGACUGCACUUCCAACGACAGCAUUCACAAGAGGGCCUGAUGCUACGGCGGAUUCCUCCACUGACGCUCUCCUGCAAGAAAGUGCUCCUGGUCCAUCUCGAAACUCCGCGGCACAGCCGGCCACGACCAGCUCAUCCUCCGAUGCCGUACCUGUCGAGCUCGCCGAGUCAUUGGCCAGGCAGCCUCCUAGAGACACCAAUGACGAAGACGACAUGGCGAUCACACCAGCACCACCUCUGGAAGUGCCUGACAUUCGCCCAAACCCAAGGACAGCGAAGCCAGAAAGCCUCGUCAUGUCUGGGCCUUCUACGAUCCCGGGGUGUGGUGACGGUCUCUUCACCAAGUUUCCAGUUGCAAGAGAUCAAAUCAUUUUCGAAGAAGUUUCAGUUCUCCGGGCGGUUGCUGACUAUGACAAAAUGUCUGGUGCCUGGAAUGUGAUAUCUCACAACAACCAACAACGACUGAUGGCCAACUAUCCAGACCUGGAAGCUAUACCCGGAGUGUACGAUCGUACCCAAGACAGGAACAACCGCAAACUUAUGAACUUGCUUCAAACGCAUAGCUUUGAAGAGCGACAGGAGACAAACGGUGCCAAGAAGAGUGUCUUCCACCUUGGCAGUAAAGCCAACCAUGCAUGUCCUGCCGGGCCCAAUAGUCGAGUCCGAAGCCAGGUGAACGCUACGAUGGAAUGCCUCCCUCAAGUCAAAGAUGAUGUUGUAUUCGCCAGGUUCAAAGCUCUUCGCGACUUGGAGGCAGGAGAGGAAAUCUUUAUCGACUACAUCUCUUCUCCAUACUUCAGAUGUCUCUGCAGCGUAUGCGAGGAACGCAGAGCCAAGGAGGCUCUCAAGAAGCUUCGCAGGAAUUCUUGUCAAGGCCUUACAAAGGUGUUGAGGAAGCUGUCCGCUGCGGACAGAAACGUGGAUGUUGAUGUUCCUCAAGAACAUACGUAG